CUCGCUUCUCUCUCUCUCUUUCUUCCUCUUUUCUUCCUCGUCGCAAUCCUCCAAGGAGCAGAUUCUUCCUCGCCAUGCGUCUGUGAUGCCGUUCAUCUUCCCCUCCUUUUAUCUUUAAUCUACUCGUGACAUGAAGUCUAUGAAACCAAAAAUGCCAAUGCUUACGGCCUCCCGCCGUAUCACCGUCCCGGGCCUUGUGCUCUUCGCCCUCAUCGUCCUCUCCGUUUUGAGCCUCCGAGGCCCUCCCAACGCUCGUCUUUUAUCACACACACCUUCGUUUUCUUCUUCUCCACCAGAAAAUGAACCAGACUACUGGACCUGGGAUACCGUCUCCAGAUUCCGUCCCUCGCCUUCCGGCGCUCCGGCCAAGGAUGCUUGUGCUGCUUUUCCCACGGAACUCCUCUCGCGGGUCCAGGUCGUCUUGAAGAUCGGCGCCUCGGAACCCCGCGACCGUAUCGAAACGCAGCUCGCCACGGUCACUCGCUGUAUCUCCAACCUCAUCAUCGUAUCCGACCGGGACGAACAGAUUCAAUCGCACCAUGCUCACGACGUCAUCGGUUCCCUGCCCGUGUCCUACCACAUCAACAAUACCGACUUUGAUGCCUACGAGACAUUGUCGAGGAAUACCCAGCAGAGUAAAAUUGACGGCGCACAAGGGUGGAGAUUGGACCGCUUUAAAUUUCUUCCCAUGGUCGAACGGGCGUACGAAAUAAACCCGUCGGCGAAAUGGUUUGUUUUCCUCGAGAGUGAUACGUUUUUGUUCUGGGAUAAUCUGUUCCGACUGCUCGAUCACUACAACCCCGAUGCGCCUGUUUAUAUGGGCUCUCCGUCGCCGGGUAGCCGGGAUAAGGAUGAGACGACUUGGUUUGCCUACGGAGGUGCCGGGUUUGUCAUUUCGACUGCCGCGGUUCAGAAAUUGGUUCACCGGGAGUCUGGGCCGUACGGGGAAUACACAUCGCCAUCGUUGAGUGAGCGUUAUGAGGACAUGGUCCGGGGAGACUGCUGUGGUGAUUCCGUGCUAGGAUGGGCUUUAUACCAGGCGGGCGUGAAGUUGACUGGGCUGUGGCCUAUGUUCAAUCCUCAUGCGCUACAUGGAAUUCCAUUCGAUGAUGCGUACUGGUGUCAGCCGGUCAUCACCCUGCACAAGUCGCUGCUUAAGGAUUUGGAGGGUUUGUCCGAGUUUGCUCUGAAGUGGAAUAGAAAGGAACCUAUCCUCUAUUCCGAUCUGUUGGACUACCUCCAAUUGGGCACAUUUUCCCAAAGAACCGAAUGGGACAACGGUGACUGGGGCGGUUGGCAAGAGCCCGAUUCCCCAGGCCACGCUUCGAUGGAAGCAUGCAAAGCUGCCUGUCAUGAUCACCCAACAUGUCUUCAAUACACCUACGACUCCUCCGGGCAUUGCGUGUUUGUCGGCACAGUGCGACUCGGAGGAGCCAAAAAGGCCCUUCCCGACGGCAGCCGGCUUUCGUCCGGCUGGGACGUCCAAAAGAUCGCAGCAUGGCGAAAGGCUCGCGAGUGCGAGAAGCCGUUAUGGAUGAAACCAAGCAUCACGCGGAUCUUUUAGUGCGGGUGUAAUUAUAUGGCGUUGGGAUUGGCUUUAUAUAUACUGCGAUUGUAGAUUAUGUCUUGGUCCUUCUGCGAAUGGCCUGAUAGAUAUGACGAGA